AGUAAUAAUCAUGACACAGUCAUGAGAUAUUGGAUUAGUAUAUUAUUUUAUAGUUAUUUAUAUUUUUUACCAAAAUGCCAAGAGUAAAGAAUAUCAAACUAAACAAUCCAAUAGAAAAACGUUUGGAUGUUAUUUCUCCAUAUCAUUAUUAUUUAUUUUUUCUUCUGUUUCUAAGCAAACUACCAAUCUUCUGGCACGUAUUGAACCUUAUAUUUUUGUCACCUCCUAUGGAGUACUAUUGUAAUGCAACAGAAACGAAUACUAAUAAUGAUUCCAUUGAUUUGAAAAAUGUGUGUCCAUGCAACGAACCUUGGUGGAAUAGAAACGUGUUUACUGAAACUGUGCAAACAAAAUUUGCGCUUAUUUGCGAUAGUACAUGGUUAAUUAGCUUUUCAGAGAGCAUGCUGUAUGUGGGCACAUUGUUUGGAUCUUUAGUUUUCGGGUUUUUAUCUGAUAAAUAUGGACGCCUUUCUGUAUUUUCAAUGUGUUGCUUGAUAUUAGCAAUAUCUGGAUGCCUCGUCAGUACCAUGCCCACUGCAGGUUCUUUCAUCAUCAUGAGAUGUAUAGAGGGCAUUGGAGUUGGUGGAGCUAUAGUCACAUCCUAUGUCUUAUGUGUAGAAUAUUUUGGUGUUAGAUACAGAGAAAUGAUCACUGCCCUUUUCCAUAUUCCUGUAAAUUUAGGCCAUAUAACUUUGCCUGGAGUUUCGUAUCUACUAAGAGAUUGCGAUGAGUUCCAAUUAGCGCUUUCAAUACCUAUAUUCCUUUUUGUGGGUUUAAGAUGGCUGAUAAUGGAAUCUCCUAAAUGGUUGAUGGAUAACGAUCGUAUCGAAGAAGCUGCCAUGGUCAUGGAAAGACUUUCAAAAUUCAAUAGAACAUCAUUUGAAAUUAUAAAAGAAGAAAUAGAAGCAUUCCAUGCAACCGAAGCAAACAGAAAUCGAAGAAAGAUAAAGUUUUGGCAAAUUUUCAAACAUAGGAGGUUACUGCAAAAUCUUGGAUGUAUGUCACUCAUUUAUUUCGUAUGUGGAAUGGGUUAUUACGGUGUAUCUCAAUAUAUUGGAAAAAUGAGCGGUGACAUACACGCAAACGUUGCUAUAUCUGGCGCUUUGUUGUUGCCAGGAACAAUAUCUGCUAUUUUUCUUUUAAAAAUAUUAAAGAGACGUACUUUUUUGAUGUCUACAAAUUUUCUAUCAGGUUUCUUCAUGAUUAUCGUAAUUUGUAUUCCAAAUCAUUUAGCAUGGGUUAGGGUGGUAUUUGCUUGUAUUGGCAACUGUUUCUUCUUCAUAUCUUUCAUUAUUGUAUUUCUUUACGGAGUAGAGUUAUUUCCAACAUCCGUAAGAAAUUCUGUAUUAGGAUUUCUAUCGGUAUUAUCAAGAUUGGGGCAAAUUGUAGCUCCAUUUGUAAAUUCUCUGCCCGAGCUACAGUCUGGAAUCAUAUUUGGCAUAAUGGCUAUAUUCGGUGCCCUAUUAUGUUACCCUUUACCUGAAACUAAGCAUGCUGAGUUGCCAUCAUCUUUAGAAGACUCAAAGACGCUCCAUCGAAAAACAGCCCAUGUAGAAAGUAGUAACACUCAAAGUAAUCAUUCUUUAGCCGAGCAAUAA